UUAAAAUUAAUGAUUCAUUAGUUUUCAUUAUUAUAAUUAAUGAUUAAUUUAAUUAAAGUGAAAAUUGUUUGAAUUUUCAGUUGAUGAGAAUGGAUAAAAAUUCAGAUGAAAUUUUUAAUGUCAAGGAAAAUUUAUAUAAAGUAAAAAAACGUAGCAGGGAAAAAUUAGUGACAAGUAAAUUUUUUACUCCAGUGGAAAAUGUUAAAAACUUUAAAAUGCCUGAUAAGAAACCAGUUAUGACUAAAAAUUUAGAAAAAGCGCGUGAAAUGUAUCGUGAUAAAAUAGUUUCAUCAGAGGAAGUCAGUAGAAAAAAAUUAAAAUUAGAUAAAGAGAAGACUGCGGUUGCUAGCAGAGUUGAUGUGGCUGCGGGUAAUGCUGAGAAUGAAGAGGAAUUUUUUGAAAAGAUGAAGCUAAAUUAUGAAAGAGACAAAGCGAAAGGACUGCUGACUGAAAGGUUUUGCCAGAAGAAAGUCGUCAAGAAAGUUAAAAAAUUAUUUAAUGAUGACUGUGUUAAAUUGAUGAAUAACUUCAAAGAUGCCCGCAAGAAUGUUUAUGAAAAUGACAAAACUUGUUCACCAGAUUCAAAUGAACAAUCGUUGUCUACCCAUCAGCCUGCUACUGAUGAUAAAUCUAAUAAACUUUCAGCUGAUGAUUCAACUAAAAAUAAUUACCCAAUUAAUAUUAAGAAUAAUAGUUAUAGUAAUUUUUUUUCACCUAUUUCUGAAUUUCAAAAGUUAUCAACACCAUCAACAUCCAGUUUUAGUUUUUUGUCGGAACCAAAAGUAUCAUUCUCAGAUAUUGAGAAGGAUAAUUUCAUGAUGAACCUCACGGAAAAUUCAAGAUCAAUAAAUUUACCAAGCCAAAUAACCAGUCCAUCGAUGUUGUCAAGAGCGGCAACUGAUCACGUGUCAUCGGAUUUAUCACGUUUUCAGACAUCUAAAUUGCUUAUGGACAAAGACAAUCAAUCAGUUUGUUCGUUACUUCCUUGUUCUCAGUCUUUAUCUUGGCUCAAGUAA